CCUUACUCGCGUGUUCGCCGCAGUUAGGUGCGCGCCGCUGCCUAAACCCAGGUGAUUUGGUUCAGAGUGCCCAUAAUAAGGAUUAGUCUUCUGUCAAAAGUUUAGUGAUUGAUUAUUAAGAAAAUUUCCUGCAUUGUUCAUGGAGUUUUUCAUCAGUAUGUCUGAAAGCAUUAAAUAUAAUGAUGAUGAUCACAAAACUGUGUUUCUGAAAACAUUAAAUGAACAACGUCUGGAAGGAGAAUUUUGUGACAUAGCUAUUGUGGUAGAAGAUGUGAAAUUCAGAGCGCACCGGUGUGUGCUUGCUGCAUGCAGUACCUACUUCAAAAAGCUUUUCAAGAAACUGGAGGUUGAUAGCUCAUCAGUAAUAGAGAUAGAUUUCCUUCGUUCUGAUAUAUUUGAAGAGGUUCUAAAUUAUAUGUAUACUGCAAAGAUUUCAGUUAAGAAGGAAGAUGUAAAUUUGAUGAUGUCAUCAGGUCAGAUUCUUGGUAUUAGGUUUUUGGAUAAACUUUGUUCUCAGAAACGUGAUGUAUCUAGUCCCGAAGAAAACGCCCAAUCCAAGAGUAAGUAUUGUCUGAAAAUAAAUCGUUCUAUUGGAGAAUCUAAUGAUAACCAAGAUGAUGAGGUUGAGGAAAUUGGAGAUCAUGAUGAUAGCCCAUCAGAUGUAACAGUAGAAGGAACUCCUCCAAGUCAGGAAGAUGGGAAAUCCCCUACUAAUACACUAAGAGUUCAAGAAGCAAUUCUAAAAGAGUUGGGGAGUGAAGAGGUUCGAAAAGUAAACUGCUAUGGUCAAGAAGUGGAGCCCAUGGAAACAACUGAAUCAAAAGACUUAGGAUCUCAAACCCCUCAAGCUCUAACAUUUAAUGAUGGCAUAAGUGAAGUGAAAGAUGAACAGACGCCAGGAUGGACAACAGCAGCUGCUGACAUGAAGUUUGAGUAUUUGCUUUAUGGUCACAGGGAACAGAUUGCAUGUCAAGCAUGCGGUAAGACAUUUACUGAUGAAGCACGAUUGAGAAAACAUGAAAAGCUCCAUACUGCUGAUAGACCAUUUGUUUGUGAAAUGUGCACUAAAGGGUUUACCACACAGGCUCACUUGAAAGAGCACCUGAAAAUCCAUACAGGUUACAAGCCUUAUAGCUGUGAGGUGUGCGGAAAGUCUUUUAUUCGAGCUCCAGAUCUGAAAAAGCAUGAAAGAGUCCAUAGUAAUGAAAGGCCAUUUGCAUGCCAUAUGUGUGAUAAAGCUUUCAAGCACAAGUCCCAUCUAAAAGAUCAUGAAAGAAGACACCGAGGGGAAAAACCUUUUGUCUGCAGCUCUUGCACUAAAGCAUUUGCUAAAGCAUCUGAUCUAAAAAGGCACGAGAACAAUAUGCACAGUGAAAGGAAACAAAUUACUACAGCCAACGCCAUCCAGAGUGAAACAGAACAGUUACAGGCGGCAGCCAUGGCAGCUGAAGCAGAGCAGCAACUUGAAACUAUAGCUUGUAGUUAAAGACAAAAGCAGAAAACUUUAUCCAAAAAGUAACUUAAGAAAUUAAAUU